AUGCCGGCCAGAAACAGGCACUUCCACCGGCAUGAGCCUUUCCAGCACGACCACAGAGUGACACUAGAACGCGCCGAGGGGCCGGUAGGCUGGUUCAAUCCCACCAGAGCGCAUUUCCUCUAUCCCAUUCGGUCUCAGGAGAAAGAGGGCACCGACAAACCUCACGAAAGCGACGACUCCAUUCACGAUUCAAAUCAGAACCUCGAGCGUGGUCCCGAGCCGACGCAACCUGCCAAGAGCGUCAGACUCCUCUGGCGGUCGCGCGACAACAGAAAGGGUCGCCACGCUCUGCUUGUCCAAAAACCCGGGCCUGGUGAAGAAGCCCCCUUCCUAGCUCCGCGCCGCACCUCUGAUCCUCGGGAGGUCCUCAAGAAUAUCAAGAGGACCUUCACAUAUUAUCCAUUCUGGGAUAUCUCUUGGCUUGUCGCUUUCAUCUUCACCUGGGGAAGCGUCGUCUGGGUGCUUAACGGCUUUUUUGCAUGGCUACCCCUGGAAGCGCCCUCCACCGAAUUUCCUACUGAAAUUCUGUACGGGGGCGGCAUUACGGCAUUUAUUGGCGCCAUCAUAUUCUUCGAGACGGGGUCGAUUCUCCUCAUCUUCGAGGCGAUCAAUGCCAAUAACACGGGCUGUUUUGGUUGGGCUGUGGAUCAGCUGAUCGACGAAGAACACGAACGAAGACAUAAGCUACGUCUGGUCGCCAGCCAACGCCACUGUCGGCAUCAUCACCAGAACCGACAUAACUUCGUAGGCAAGGGUGCCGAGGGCGGCGGCCCGGGAGUUGGAUUGGAGGAAGAGAAGUCGGCCCAGGAACAACACUGGCAAUGGUUCCCGUCAUGGCAUGAUCUCCACACGCAUUACAUUCACGAACUCGGGUUUAUCGCUGGCAUGGCCCAGUUGUUCGGCGCCACCGUUUUUGGAGUUUCGGGGUUUACGGCGCUACCAGGUAUCAAUAACCAUCUGACCCCGCAGAGCGCUCUCAACGGGGCCUACUGGAUUCCUCAGGUCAUCGGUGGCAGCGGCUUUAUUGUCAGUAGUACGUUGUACCUACUCGAAACACAGCAGACAUGGUAUAAGCCGGCCUUCCACAUCUUGGGAUGGCACAUUGCGUUCUGGAAUCUUAUCGGAGCGGUUGGAUUCACGCUCUGUGGCGCAUUGGGUAUGGCGUAUGGGAACUCGGGGGCUCAAUACCAGGCAAGUCUGGCUACCUUUUGGGGUUCCUGGGCUUUCCUGAUUGGGAGUUAUCUACAGUUGUAUGAGAGUCUGGAUAAGCAUCCGGUCGAGGAGACGACCAAAACAGACCUUGAGCCGAAACAAUGA